UUCUUCAAAGUUAGAUUUAAGUGUAGUGUUAGUCGAAUUGCGUCUAGUAUUAGUUUGCCUAAACUUGAGAAGCUGGCUUUCGGACGUUGUCUGGAGAUCAAUAAGUUUAAGAUCGACCCGCCAAAGCUUGAAAUGUUGUCUGUUAUUGGUUCUAUGUAUGAUUUUGUUGAUUCGAGAUGGUUGGCACCGCAUUUGAAAGCCGUUAAGACUCUUUGGUUGUGUGGCUCUUCGUUGUCAUGGUGUAUGGAUGUAUCUGUGUUUCCAACUGCAAUAAAUUUGCAAGUGAUGAAGCUAUAUCAAUUAAAAUUUGGUUGUCAGAAGCACCUCGUCGUUGCUAUGCAAUUGCUUCAAAAAUGUCCCAACCUAUGUGAACUGCGGAUUAUUGCGGAUGAGGUAGAGUAUAUAUUUGGCAAUCAUUUCCAUGGGAAGGAUGACAAAGAAGCUGCUUCAAGGCUUUUGGAGGAUCCGGACAGUGGCUUUGUUAUUCAGGAGCUAAAGAUGCUUAACACAAUCAAGAUUGAAUCAUUCAGUGAAUUCCCACUCGAAAUGCUUUUUAUGAAAAUGUUGCUCUCAAAAUCCCCUACGCUAGAGAGUUGUUAUUGUGAAGUCUCGCGGUAUGACUGCCUCUGAGGUGAUAAAAAUCCAAAGGAAGUUGGAAUGCUUUCCUCGUGCAUCUCCAAACGCACAAAUUGUCUGCGCGGGCAAUUACUAUGCGUCUAUGCAUGAUGACUGGUUUGAUGCCCAUGUUUUACCCUUUUAGAAACUUUGUAUGGUUAAUCUCCCUAGGUUCUA